GUUUUACGUCAAUCUUUUUAAUGGCCAAAGUUUUAUUUUUUUUAAUCUGUAGUUGGUGAGUGGUUGGUGACGUUGGGCUUCCCGUGCUUUGCUUUUUGGCUUUUUUCGCGUGCAAAAGAAAUCGAGAUAUAAUAUAAUGGCCGGGGACUACGGGGACUGGCUGGACGCCUCCAUGGACAUCAUGGAGGAGACCAGAUUCAAAAAAAGACACAAGCCGCUGAUACAGAGGUUGGAGAAGAAGCUGCACUUUGACUACGUGGAACUGGAGGCGCUGUCGAUCAUGUACUACAAGCUCGAGAAGGAAAACGAACAUCACGGUCAAGGGAAAAGGGAAAGGGGCGUGACCAAGAUCCAGUUCCGAGACAUGUUGCACUGCGCUUUGGACAUGACCGACGACAACCUCAUGGAUAGGAUGUUCCUCGCCGUCGACAAGGGUCCCAGCCCGUUUAUCACCAUGGAAACGUGGGCCACGACCCUGUCUUUGUUCCUCAGAGGCACUUUAGAGGAGAAAAUCAAUUUUUGCUUCACGGUCUACGACAUCAUGGGCGAGGGAGUACUGGCGCGGGAUAACAUCUUCCACUUAUUGAGGGGCUCGAUGGUCAGUCAAGGUGGGGAGGACGCGGACGAAUCGGUCAAGGACAUGAUCGAAGUGAUAACGAAAAAGAUGGACCUCGACAGAGACGGGAAGAUAUCCUUUAACGAUUACAAACAGUCGGUGCUGAAGAACCCGAUGCUGCUCGAGGUUUUCGGUCAAUGCCUGCCGUCGAGAAUGGCAGCGUACUCCUUCCUCACCACUUUCACUCACACGCCACCCACCCUGUAGGAAAAAAAAUAAAGAU